AGUCUUCUCAGCGCGCCACCAUGUCCGCUGCUCCCUCGACUGGAGUCCGGGCUCCUCCGCUCGGCACCGUCCUGCCCUGGCUACUGCAAGCCGCCUCGCUCAUCAUCCUGCUCCUCGUGCUCGUCAGCCCAGCGCCGCUGAGUGGCAGCGACAUUUCGCUCCUCACCGUCGCGCCCGCCACCGUCAACAACACCGAUGCGAGCGGCAACGCCAGCAGCACGAGCCUCGUCUUUGGCACGCCGAGCUCGUCUUCGGCGUCGCUACCGCUGAGCAGCUCGGCGAACUCCAGCUCUGUCAGCCUGUCGCCGCUCUCAACGCCGAGGAACAGCAGCGUCGCGACACUACCCGGCACCGGCGCGGCAUCGCCGACGCCUUCGCCGGCACCUGCAGCGACGGCCUCGUCGUCAGUCUCGGUCGCGCCGCCCGUCUCCACGGCGGUAGCGCUGGCGCUCCGGCGGCGAUCUGUCCAGCUUUUCGCGCGUGAAGACCUCAACAAGACGAAGACAAGCGGGCUCGGCGUCAACGGCACAGUUGCUGCGUCAUCAUCUGCGUCCUCGCAAGUGCGCCUCAUUUUCGGCCCGCUCGGCUCCUGCGGCACGUCGGCAUCGGGACAGCGCACCUGCACCUCGGCCCGUCUCUCGCCGCGCUACGACUCCUCCGUGCUGGCCACCGAGGAGAGCGGCAGCUUCAGCACCAUCGGCCUACCGGAGCGUCUGCCCACUACGCCAAUUCUCUUGCUCGUCGUCGUCGUCACCCUGCUGCUCUCGGUGGCGCUGGGUGUGCCGAGCAUCCUGGCCCUCGCCUCGCCGCGCAAGUUCGGCUCGCUGCUCGAGGCCGGCCCGACGGAGCGCAACCUGCGCAGCGCGCAGCACUGGAUCCAUCUCGCCACGCUCGUCGGCUGGGUGCUCUUGGCCGCCACAGGCAUCGGCAUGCGCAUCACCAGCGCCAGCGCCUGCACGGCCUUCAACGCCGCCAACGCCACGCGUGCGCUGCCGCUCAGCGCGAUGCGCAACGGCGCCGAGGAUGCACUCACGCUCGAGGCAAGCCUUGGCAAGGCGUUUGGCCUGAUGUGGGCCGUGCUGGGCCUCCUGGCUGCGGCAGCCUGGCUCGAGCGCAAGCGUCUGCGCCGCGCCGACGCCGUCUCGCAGGCACGGGCCGACGUCGAGGCCCAGUGGGGCCGAGGCACGCUGCAGGCGGCAAUGGAGCACAUCAAAGGCGGAGCUGCUGAUGCCAAGGCACCUGCGACGCUCGCUGCGCUGCCGCCGGUGCACGCUGUCCCUGGGCAGGGACACUACUGGCUCGCACAAGACCCCGCGACAGCGGCGUAUGUCUACCCUCCGAACCCGGCGCUGCCCCAAGCCCACCUUCAGGCCGCCUCGGCAUCGCCAUUCUGGCUCAACCAGGCCGAGAAGUUCGGCGCAUCGACGGCCGUGCCGGACAUGAAGCGCAGUGUCUCGCCGGCGAGCGCGUACGAGCAUCACAUGCGCCCCUCGUCCGACAUCGACUCGCACUCGCUGACGGGCAGCGUGUCCUUCUCGCGACAGGAAGGCGGUGCCGCGGCAGGAGACGCCUUGCCGCGCGGCGCCAGCCCGGCUCCCACGUACUGGACGUCGGAGGACGUGGAGCGCGUGCGAGACGAGGCCAAGGAGGCGCGCCACCGCGCCGAACUCGACCGCGUGGCGCGCGAGCAGCGCGCAGACGAGGACCGCGAGCUGGAACGCUGGGAGAUGGCGCGGCGGCGCAAGGCGGGCGGGCUGGGCUACCACUGA